AUGGAUAUCAAAACGCUGCUUCACAACCUUCGCGAGGAAGUUUCGUGCCCAGUGUGUACUAACGUGUACACUGAUCCAAAGCACCUUCCAUGUCUACACACGUUUUGUCUGCACUGCUUGAAACACUGGCACACAACAAGCCAUGGCCGAGACACAAUCAGAUGCCCGAAGUGUCAAGCUAUUAGCAGAGUGCCUGAAAGUGGCGAUUUGAAAGAUCUUCCCACCAGCUUUUAUCUGAAUGGCUUGAUUGAUGUGUUAGCAAUUAAAGAGUGCAAAACCAGCCAAGUACAAUGUGGAAAUUGCGACAAGAAAAGCUCCGAGAGUUCUUAUUGUUUUCAUUGUUGCGUGUUUUGGUGUGACGAGUGCAUCAUUGGACACAACAUCAUUCGCAGCAAUAAAGAUCAUCGUGUUCUGGCGCUCAAAGACUUUCAAGACAAAGACUAUGAAGAUGUGAUGAAACGACCUGCUUUCUGUCCUAAGGAAGAUCAUAACAAAGAAGAGCUAAAGUACUUUUGCAAACCCUGUGAAACGCCAGUUUGCCAAAUUUGUGUCACAAUAGAGCAUGGAGGUCAUAAUAUAAAGUUAAUCAAAGAAGAAGCCGAGAGACAAAAGAGAGAGAUUAAGUCUUUCAUAGAAAAACAGCGACAUAAUUUACAAGCAAAAAUGAAUACCGUAAGCCGACUUGAUGAAGAAUGUGCUAGACUGAUACAACAAGGCGAAGAUGUGAAGAGAGAGAUUCAAACAUUUAUUGACAAUUUUAUUGCAGUCAUUGAAGCAAAAAAGAAAAACAUAUUCGCAGAGGUGGAAAAAGAAACAAACAAGUCGAUUGAAAGCAUAAGAAGGCAAAAGACCGAGAUCGAGCGUCAAAUGACGGCCAUGAAAUCAUCUCUGGAGAAGGUUGAGAAACUUUUCACCCGAAGUACAAACGCUGAAAUUGUUCAACUGAAGAAAUCAUCAGACACCAUCUUUGAAGGAGUUCAUCAAAUCGAGUCAACCGACUGUGACCCCGAACUUGUGGCUCAUUUUGUCUUCGUGGAAAAUUAUAAGUUGUUCAACACUGUCAAAGCCAAACAAAUUGGAACUUUGAAAAAACCAACAAAAGCAGGUCAUUGUGAUAUUGAAGGCAAAGGACUAGAGGGAGGAAUUGCUCUCCGUGAAGCUCACUUUACCUUGACAACAAAGGACACCGAAGGAAGACAGUUUUACAAUGAACGUGACCAUGUAACGGUGGAGAUCAGGGACGAACAAGGACGAGAAUGGACGUCAGAAAUACAAAUAAAUGACUGUAAAGAUGGACUCUAUCAAGUCAAGUAUUGUCCCAGAGAUCCAGGAAAAUGUCAAGUGACUGUAAAGGUAAACGGAGAACAUGUCCGUUACAGUCCUUUUGCUGUGCAGGUAACACCAUUUCGGUUUAAACCUGUACUUUCCUUCGGGAAAGAGGGCUCGUCUGAGGGAAUGUUUAGGUUUCCUUGGGGAGUAGCAGUAAAUGCUAAGGAUGAGAUAGUUGUUACUGAUUAUUACGGCCAGAGAGUCCAAAUUUUUAACAGUGAAGGAAAUUACUUGAGGUCGUUUGAUCGGCCUGGUACCAAAGAAGGAGAAUUUCAAUCUCCUAUCGGAAUAACAUAUCAUGAUAAUGGGAAUAUUUUCGUGACAGACUGUCGGAACGAUAGAAUUCAGAUUUUCAAAGGGAAGGGUGAGUACGUGGGAUCCUUUGGUGGGAGAGGAAGCCUUGAUAGUCAGCUCAUUAGUCCCUGGGGUUUAUCGGUAGACAGUGAUGGGAAUAUCAUUGUCGCUGAUUCAGGUAACAGGCUGAUUAAGAUAUUUUCUCCUGAUGGCAAUUUUCUGACGAGGAUAGGAGAGCAGGGCUCUUUUACUCUUCCUCUCCACUGUAUUCAAUAUGAAAGAUACCUCAUAGUGUCAGACUGUGAUGAAAAUUGUAUCAAAGUUUUUGACAGGAAAGGAAACUUUCAGUACAAGUUUGGAAAGAAGGGUGGAGGGGACGGGGAGUUAAAAGGUCCCAGUGGUUUGUUGGUGAACAAAUCAGGUCUCUUGAUGGUCUGUGACGUAAAUAACAACAGAAUACAAGUAUUUGAACUGAAUGGAAAGUUUCUCGGCAAGUUUGGAAUAAAGGGUGGCAAUUUAGGAGAGUUCAGUGAACCAAACUCUUUAGCAGUUCUCAGCAAUGGCCAAAUUGUUGUUUGUGACACUUUGAACUAUCGUAUACAGAUACUGGAAUAACUUGUUCACAUUAUUUUGUACUAUUGCGCCUAAUCAAGAUCAAUUAAUUAAUUUUGAGUACAACCAUCGAAUGUAAAACAUUGGAGAUUCUACUUAUUCCCUGAAUGACCUUCUUUGUUAUUCUAAACCUUAACAACAGCUAUUAUUCAAAGAGUAACUAUCCAAGAUAGGAUUAUUUAUGAAUUACAGGGAUGGAAGUGGGCUUAAAAUAUUAAAAUUCGUUUUCUUUUACACCAGAACAUCUGCAGUAAUUUAAAGACAAAUAAAGGACUUGUCUUAGGGACAAGAUUAUAUAUUAGUAACAAGGCGAGGGCAGUGGUCCGGAAACAUUCAUUCUGUCUGUAGCAUAUAUAAUCAAACAGCUAGGAGGGGAGUUUAACAUAUACAUUUUAAGUGUAACUGAUACUACACAGUUCCCUGCAUAAGAUCAUGCUGUUUUAGAAGUAACUUUUAGGAAGAGUUAAGACCACUUUUUGUUCUCCGUUUUUGUUCGUAACUCACUUCGCUGGGAAAGAAAAAAUUAAAUUAAUGCAGGAGACAGUUUUCAUUACUGCUUUGUCUUAACUUUUAUGUACGAAGACAAAGGCUUUUAUGUAAAUCAUCAGCAAGGUCUGCAAAUUUCAGUAGUAGAAAACAUAAUAAAGUAAUCAGAGUGUGUUUAUCUGUUUUGUAAGAGUUGUCUUUUUUGGAUAUUCCAAUAUUGUAGUGAAUAGAUUUACAACCUUGCUAAUUGUAAGAUGUUCCACUACUUUUUCAUGAGAUAAGUUUUCACCCUAGUAUAGAUUACCAAGUUGAUAGAGGUCAAAUCCAACGAAACUUAUUUUGACUGUAUACGAUUCACUGAACUAUUUCGUGUAUAAUGUCAUAAGACUUAAUGCGUCGUCGUUUUGAGUGUUGAUGUAUCAUUAAAGACGUUAUGAUUUGAAUUUAAGAUGAUGGUCAUCAAUUUAAUGUCAACAAAAUAGGGUACCUUCCGGAAAAAUCGUUCACAGUGCGCAACUAUAGAAGAAGCUACGAAAAGCUAUCUAACGCUAUUAGCUUAUAAAGUAUAGUUUCUGAGAAUAACUUAAUUUUUUUCCAAAUUUUAUUUUUUUUUUAACCGCCCGCGAGCCUGAAAAUAAUGUUUAAAAAACACGAAACGGAAUUAACAGACAAAACUAUACAAACAAGACCUAUCAACUAGUGACAAAUUGAUAUGCAACGUGACUGUUCGUGACACAAUUCUACACUUCCCUUUCAGAAGCCACAUAAUAAAGGGGAAUGAAAAAUCCCAGCAUAAUAGUACUGCACUAAAAAAUUAGUCUUCGUAUACAAUAAAAGCCAAGUUCAGUGUCAGCAGAUUUCUCUUUGUGAAAGACAAGAAUAAACGUCUGGAAGAAGGACAAGCUAUCUUUUUUUCCUCUCUUUGUAAGAUUUAUUUUAAGCUUUCCUUUAACAAAUUGCUUAAUUUACGGCUACGAAGUCUCUUCAAGAAUCAUCCCAACCAUAAACCCAGGGCUUCUCUUCUCUUUCGUAGAAUUCGUGAAGUUAAAAGUCCACGGUUAUCUCUUCUAAGUGAUCUUUAAAAAUUUCUUCAAGUUUUUCGUGACAUGUUCCAGCCGAGUAAAGAAUGGUGAGCGGGUCAGUUUCACAUUCCUGAGAACUAGGAAUACAAGGAAUCGUUCUUCAGGUGCCAGCUCAUAUUCAGUCUCAAAUUUCCCUCUUGCGUCAAAACAUGAAUAAACGUCUGUAACGGGGUCAAGUCAUCUUUCUUCACUCUCUUUGUCAGAUUUAUUUUAGGCUUUCCUUUUCUCUUAAACAGAUUUCUGGGUGUAUAGAUGCAUUGACUCUUCAAGUGCCAUUGCAGCCAUAAACCCAGGACUAAUAAUCUUUUUCACAGUGGAAGUCUAUCGUGUCUCCUUCUUGCGAUAGUAAUAUCUUCUCGUUUCUCGUGACAGUUCCAGCCGAAGAACAGCGGGCGAGUCAGUUUUAUUUUUCAGAUAACCAGGAAUCUAAGGAAUCCUUGAUUAAAGUGUUUCUUGUAUCAGUAAAGUUCUGUGAUUUCUUUAUUCACAAACCUGCCGUCAAAACAACUAAUUAAUUCUUUCAAAUUAAUCAUGUUAAAGAGUUUAAUUUCCUACAAUGUUUCGCUAUAUUGACAGAGAUAAACACUUUUCUUUGUGGUUUCUGUGUGUGGUAUAAACCGAAGAAAUUCACCUCAGUGCCGGUGAAAGUGGUGGAUAUCAACCUCCACUUCCAUGAACAAUUGUUAAUGAGCCAAGAUAAGACUAGUUAUCAUUUACGGGUGGAAGGGAAUUAGGCCAGAGAUGAAAUCUUAUAUUGUUUUCCUUUCAGUCUGCACAUCUGCAGUGUUAAAAAAACAAAAAACAGAACAAAGCAAAAAAAAUCAAUUUGGAAUGGCGAGACUAUUCAUUAAUCACAGGGGGAGGGUAGAGGGCUAAGAAAGUUAUUUCUAUCAGUGGCAUUUGUUCUCAAACAAUUUACGUAAACGAGAACAAAAAGUGACGCGGGGGAAAGUUCAACUUCAUCUAUUGAGGAAUACAUCAAUAACUUUUAUAUAACCAGCUCAAGGCUUUCGGUAAAUCAACUAGGUCUUGAGGAGAGUUUAAUGUUUAAUAAACCUCUUAUAUCCAUUUUGAAAUCACUAAUAAUUCUUUUAUCUUAUUGGCUCUCAUCGGUGCGAGUUUUUCACGAAUCGCUGCAUUUUUUGCUCGUAAUCACAUUUUUUUCCAGCCAACGAGACAACUUUACUAAAACACAACAACUAAUCGGAUUUCAAAAACAAUCAUAAACUAAUCCAGCUUACUGGAUCAAUUGAAAAUGUUAGUACAGACUUAAAAAUCCUCUUUUUUAGCGACUGAAUUUUGCAAUUUCAACUUUACUAACAAUAACAACUUUACUAAAACACAAAAACUAAUCGGAUUUCAAGGCUUGUUUAAAGGAACCAAUCAUAUUGCAGGAAAAUAAAUAAAUUAAAACCAGCUCAAUACUGGAUCAAUUGAAAAUGUUAGUAAAGACUUAAAAAUCCUGUAUUUUAGCCACUGAAUUUUGCAAUUUCAAAACGGAUGCAAUGAAGUAGUAAUUAUUAGUAGUAAUUAGAUAUAUUAAUAUAUCUUAGCAAAUGAAUAAAUGAGAGUUUGCAUAUCAAGUGCUUGAAAGCUCUAAUUUCGGAUUAAACUUUGCUACAAACAAUGCUACUUUUUAUUUCUAACAAGGGGAGGGUGACACCUCGUUUUAAAUAAGAGCUUUCACUGUGUAUGAUAGGGCGUAUUGAAUUAUGAGAGAGAUUUUGUUGGUGCAUUUCAAUAAGGGGUUUUAAGGCCUUAAAUCGUGAUGAUGGCGGUUUGCUUCCUGACGCCUACUUACACCUCGUCAAAAAAAGGCCGCUAAUUAGUGAUCAUAUAAAAGGACCUCUUGUUGCAGCGUUUAGAUCACCUCUGAUGAAGUCACUAGACAGGAGUGUCGAAACGUUGGGUCUAUGAAUUGUAACUUCUUCGGUUACAUUCAUUAAAUCUGUAAACCAGAGUAGCAUCAAACCAUGUCUGAUUGUCCACCUGGUUGCCGUGUGAACUUUAAUAUACUUAAAAUUCAUUAUAACUUUCGCAAAAUUCUUGAGAUAGAAUUAGAUUUUACGAGACUGAAGAUUCUAAUCCUGUGAGAGGACAUUGACGCCAACAUGUGUUAGAGUCUAUGUAAUCGAUCAGGUCACGCAGGUUCCUUCCGUUUCUCGGGCUACCGACCUAAGCUUUUGAAACAUUUUGUAUUUUCUGAGACCGCAGCUCCGAAAAGUAGGAUGAUGCUUCUACCCAAACAAGCAAUCUCUUUUUUGAAAAAGUGCAACCGUUUUGUAAUGACUCUUCAAGAGUCAUUGCAGCUGUCAACUCAGGGCUUCUCAUCUCUUUCGCAGAUUAAGUCCAUAAAUUUCUCAUGCUAUUAUCAAGUUUUUGUGACAUGUUCCAGCCUGACAAAAAACAGCGUGCAAGUCAUAUAAAUUUCCUUUGUAACAUUUUCACCCUUUCAAAGGGGAAUGUUAGUAGCAUUUCAUUGUGAAUACGCAGUCGGCUCUUUGUAUGAAACCUCCACUGGUGAAACAAAUCAUCGUUGAAUUAUCAAAAAAUUGAUCUUAAAAGUUAUAAAUCAUUAGCAUGAUUGAAAAAGAGGAAUUCAGUGAGAGAGAAAAAAUCGAAAACGAUCAUCGCCUGUUUUGAAAGAGGAGCUUAUAGCGCGCUACAACGUUGGAUGUGAGACGUCACGCUCGGUGGAUGUGUGUGAGUCUAAUCAGGUCACGCUUAGAGCCAUGCGGGGUGUGUUUACGAGUUUCUUUCUCCGAUUAUGCUACAGAUCUAGGCUCUAAAAUAUAUUUUAUUUAAGACCGUGGAACAAAGAAAUCCACGGUCAAUAAAGGACAGAGAAAACUUUGCCAGGAGGAUGCUGAUUCACUCACGCUCUUCAAAACCCUCCUUUGUGAGGUGUCCAUUCGUUGUCUCCUUCCGGUGAUUUUCUCGUUUUUCGUGACAUUUAAGUGUUUCUUGUGUUACCAAGUUCUGUGAUUGGUUUAUACACAAAACUUGUUGUCAUAACAAAUAAUCAAUUCCAAGAAUAGCUAAAAAAAAAGAGUCUCAAGGCAUCAAUGUUUCGAGUUCAAUUCCGAGAAAAGCUGAUUUGGUCGAGCGUGUGCUUAGUUCUUGGUGAAAAAUACAUGGAUAUCAAAACGUUGCUUCACAAUCUUCGCGAGGAAGUUUCGUGCCCAGUGUGUACUAACGUCUACACAGAUCCAAAGCAUCUUCCAUGUCUACACACGUUUUGUCUGCAGUGUUUAAAACACUGGCACACAACAAGCCAUGGCCGAGACACAAUCAGAUGCCCGAAGUGUCAAGCUAUUAGUAGAGUGCCCGAAAGUGGCGAUUUGACAGAUCUUCCCACCAGCUUUUAUCUGAACGGCUUGAUUGACGUGCUAGCAAUUAAAGAGUGCAAAACCAGCCAAGUGCGAUGUGGAAAUUGUGACAAGAAAAGCGCCGAGAGUUCCUAUUGUUUUCAUUGUUGCGUGUUUUGGUGUGACAAGUGCAUCAUUGGACACAACACCAUUCGCAGCAAUAAAGAUCAUCGUGUUCUGGCGCUCAAAGACUUUCAAGACAAGGACUAUGAAGAUGUGAUGAAACGACCUGCUUUCUGUCCCAAGGAAGAUCAUAACAAAGAAGAGCUAAAGUAUUUUUGCAAAGACUGUGAAUUGCCACUUUGCCAAAUAUGUGUCACAUUGGAUCAUGGAGGUCAUAAUAUAAAGUUAAUCAAAGAAGAAGCCGAGAGACAAAAGACUGAGAUUAAGUCUUUCAUAGAAAAACAGCGAAAUAAUUUACAAGCAAAGAUGAAUGCCGUAAGCCGACUUGAUGAAGACUGUGCCACACUGAUACAACAAGGCGAAGAUGUGAUGAGAGAGAUUCAAACAUUUGUUGACAAUUUGAUCGCAGUCAUUGAAGCAAACAAGAAAAAUAUAUUCACAGAGGUGGAAAAAGAAACAAAUAAGUCGAUUGAAAGCAUAACAAGGCGAAAGACCGAGAUCGAGCGUCAAAUGACGGCCAUAAAAUCAUCUCUGGAGAGGGCUGAAUUACUUUUUACCCGAAGUACAAACGCUGAAAUCAUCCAACUGAAGAAAUCAUUAGACGCAAUAUUUGAAGGAGUUCAUCAAACUGAGCCAACCAACUGUGACCCCGAACUUGUGGCUCAUUUUGUCUUCGUGGAAAAUCGAAAGUUAUUUAACACUGUCAAAACGGAAGACAUUGGAACUUUGAAAAAAACAACAAAGGCAAGUCAAUGUGUCGUUGAAGGCAAAGGACUGGAGGAAGGAAUUGCUCUCCGUGAAGCUCACUUUACUUUGACAACAAAGGACACCGAAGGAAGACAGUGUUACAAUGAACGUGACCGUGUAACGGUGGAGAUCAGGGACGAACAAGGACAAGAAUGCACGUCAGAAAUACAAAUAAAUGACUGUAAAGAUGGACUCUAUCAAGUCAGUUAUAGUCCCAGAGAUCCAGGAAAAUGUUUAGUGACUGUAAAGGUAAACGGAGAACAUGUCCGUGACAGUCCUUUUGCUGUGCAGGUAACACCAUUUCAGUUUAAACCUGUACUUUCUUUCAGGAAAGAGGGCUGGUCUGAGGGAAUGUUUGGGCUAUCUUGGGGGGUAGCAGUAAAUGCUAAGGAUGAGAUAGCUGUUACUGAUUAUUACAACAACAGAGUCCAAUUUUUUAACAGUGAAGGAAAUUACUUAAGAUCGUUCGGUCGGUCUGCUACCAAAGAGGGAAAAUUUCAAUGGCCUACCGGAAUAACAUAUCAUAAUAAUGGGAAUAUUUUCGUGGCAGACAAUUGGAACAGUAGAAUCCAGAUUUUCAAAGGGAAGGGUGAGUAUGUGGGAUCCUUUGGUGGGAGAGGAAGCCUUGAUAGUCAGCUCAUUAGGCCCUGGGGUUUAUCGGUAGACAGUGAUGGGAAUAUCAUUGUCGCUGAUUCAGGUAACAGGCUGAUUAAGAUAUUUUCUCCUGAUGGCAAUUUUCUAACGAAGAUAGGAGAGCAGGGCUCUUUGACUAGUCCUAUCCACUGUAUUCAAUAUGAAAGAUAUCUCAUAGUGUCAGACUUCAGUGAAAAUUGUAUCAAAGUUUUUGACAGGAAAGGAAACUUUCAGUACAAGUUUGGAAAGAAGGGUGGAGGGGACGGGGAGUUACAUAGUCCCAGUAGUUUGUUGGUGAACAAAUCAGGUCACUUGAUGGUCUGUGACAGAAAAAACCACAGAAUACAAGUAUUUGAGCUGAAUGGAAAGUUUCUCGGCAAGUUUGGAAAAAAGGGUGCUAAUUUAGGAGAGUUCAAUAAUCCAACCUCUUUAGCAGUUCUCAGCAAUGGCCAAAUUGUUGUUUGUGACGCUUUUAACGAUCAUAUACAGAUACUGGAAUAA